GCCUCCAAUAUCUGCACUCAAUUGAAGUCAAGCGGGCAGGGCUUUGCCAUACUAUUGUCUGAUGGUAUAUAAUCUCUUCUUCACCACGAUGCCUCCUCCUCCAGCUUCCAGAGUCACCGCACACUACCACCGCAUCCCCCAUGUAUUUUGCAACUCGUCCUCGAUGGGAUAUCCCUGAUCCCAACACCUUCCCUCCAGCUUUGCACAAUGCUCGCUACAAGGGUUGGCCCAACCCUCCAAUACAGCUUCCCAAUGUCGCCCCGCCUUCGUUCAAGAAGCCCGCUGAACGGCACGUCACAUUUGGCCUCAACACCCCGUCAAACCGUCGUCCCGUUGACGGUAACGCCAUUCAUACCCAACCUUACUCGGUUCAUUUCCAACAUGACACUCACCCACGCACGAAUUCUGGGGCGCAAGGUAUCAUAUGGCCAGUUAAAUACCAACAUCUCGAUGUUUCUAACUCGUGCACGUGGAACGGUGGCGCUCACCAGGAUCCAUCUCUCCAAGGUGUUUUUGAGACGCGUACUGCAGCGAUUAAACAUGGCCCUGCACGACGAACAAAGAAUUCAAUCCCACUGAUUGAUAAGGACACACAAAUCGCCUACCUCCUCGCAGCACCAUGCGCGCAACUGGUAUAUGAUCUGCGAUACCCACCCAUCUCUCUCUAUUUUACACCAUCAUCUUCAUAUGCAGGAUGGGGAUCUGAGUUCCUUCGAGUGCCACUCACGCGAGCACGGCACAACCGAAUACGACUGAUCAGCCAAGACUUUCCCUGGGCAUUCAACAUCGGCCCUGAACCCAGUGCCGCAGAACAGGGUGUGACUUGUCUUGAUGUCCUCAAUGCGCUGCACGCUGCAUUGCAACGUCCACUCUCAGAUACAGAGUGGGGAGCCGCUGCGCAGGACAAACGAGCGAGCCUCGUCAGAGCGCGCGAUCGUCGGCUAAACAUGAAACCUGCUUUGUGGCUCCGAUCUGUAUCAAAAGCAGAUGCACAACCUGCGCGACAAGAGCCUCUAAUACUCCGUGUGGACUGGCUUGGGUCUCGUGUUGCGUUUGGGGGGCUCGUCAAGGAUGAAGCGUUUGCGAGGAGGAGACUCAUUCCAGGUGCGGGAGAGCCGCCUGAGACGUGGGUUGUGAGAUUUAAGAGACUAUCAUAAUAAUCAUCUCUGGACGAAAUGUACAUACCUUUUAUGUGUCGGUUUUUGAGGUUUCGAGAUAUGAAAUUGGUUCUGCAUGUCACAGGGGCUAUUGCUCCUCAUAUGGCAA